UGCUUCCUCCGCAGUCAUUGGCGGAGCCGCUGAGUGACGUCACAGGGUCGCUGUCGCUGCCGGAGGAAGAGUGUGGCCGGUACGGCGACUUGUGUGCGAUUUAGCGGAGAUGGCGGACACGGUCCCUAACAGCGUUCCUCAGGCUGGAGCUGUGCAAUUCCUGAUGGCGAAUAAACUUGACACGGCGAUGUGGCUGUCGCGAUGGUUCACGGUUUACUGUUCAGCAUUAUUUAUUCUUCCUAUUUUAGGCUUACAUGAAGCUGCCAGUUUUUAUCAGCGUGCCUUGCUGGCCAAUGCCCUCACCAGUGCCCUGCGGUUACACCAGAGGUUGCCACACUUCCAGCUGAGUCGGGCAUUUUUAAGCCAGGCUCUGUUAGAGGACAGCUGCCACUACCUAUUGUAUUCACUAAUCUUCGUCAAUUCCUACCCUGUCACCAUGAGCAUAUUCCCUGUUUUGCUGUUUUCAUUGCUUCAUGCGUCGACAUACACGAAGAAGGUCCUGGAUGCCAAGGGAGCAAACAGUUUGCAGUUUGUCAGGUCUCUUCUGGAUAAACUGAACUCAAAUCAGCAAAAUAUUCUGAAGUUCAUCGCUUGCAAUGAGAUCUUUUUAAUGCCAGCCACAGUCUUCAUGCUGCUCAGCGGUCAGGGAAGCUUGUUGCAGCCUUUUAUUUACUACAGAUUCCUGACACUGCGUUAUUCCUCCAGAAGAAAUCCCUACUGCCGGACUUUGUUCACCGAGCUGAGGAUUAUCCUGGAGCACCUUAUAAUGAAACCAGCAUGUCCAGACUUUGUCAGAAGACUGUGCCUCAGCAGCAUUGCCUUUAUAAGCCGGCUGGCACCAACCGUCGCAUAAGUUAUUCUAAAUUAAAUUAUACAAUAUGUAUGUAAAUGAGCAUUAGCAGCUGGUAUUUCUGCUCUCUGUAUGAUAUCCAGAUGGUUUACAAUGAUGAUGGCAUCCACACAGAUCCAUGCAAACAACGCUGAAUUCUCUUCUGCCUUUUUAUACAUCACUUGUUACAAUUUCUUAGCGUGAUCCCUGUGACGUGUUCCCCUUAGGCGAAUGUAAGACUGAUUGCUACACCGUGAACCCACUUUGUACAUACUAAUAGAAGUACUGUCAGGAAUCUCCUCUCCUGGUCGCCUUAGAAAGCUGCAGCAUGGGGUUUUUAAUAUGUAAGCUGCAGAAAAUGCACAAAGUUUGUCUGAGAACAAGGGAAAAUGCAGCGACCUGUAAAUGUCGUAGAAUCAGUUUUCCGGGAACGUUGUACAAAUUAAAGAAAUAUUACUUUA